CCGCUCAGAGGAGCUAAAAUUCAUGAAGGUGACAUUGAUUGAAAAGUAUGGCAAGUGAAUUUAGCAAUAAUAUUCAUAAACCGUGUAGAAAAUUAAUGAAAUAUUAAUUGAUAGAAUUUCCGUUGUAGAGCAAUAAAAUUUUCGAUGCGCUGUUUCAUGUUUCAAUUGUAUAAUUUGAAGAAGGCUAUCCAAACCAGUUUUUGGCUAUUGCUAACUAGUCUAUUAAAGUGGAGUCAUUCUGCAGAUAUGUCAUUCAGCAGAUGGGCGGCUCUAUAAUUGCAGUCGAGAUGUGAAGAAUGAUAAAGCUACAAUUAGUAUAAUUAAACUUGGACGUCAACAGGUGAUGCGGGUGCCGCUAGGGAAGCAAGAAGAUAUUUUCUUAGCAGCGAUAGGAUCUUUCAUUUCUCAAUCGUUACUCACUUAGAUUGUACUUUUAACGGAUCUCCAUCAAACUAAAACCCCGUCCAUAUGGGAAUCAAUGGAGCAGACACAUCUAGAGCUUCUCUUCAAAGAAAAUGUAUAGGUCUAGAACAGAGAACAGUGGCAGAAUAUCAAAGAAGAAAACCUCGUCGUUAUCGUACUACGUUCACAAGUUUUCAAUUAGAAGAACUGGAGAAGACCUUCACCCAUACCCAUUAUCCAGAUAUUUUCACACGGGAACAGUUAGCUCUUAGAGUGGACUUGACUGAAGCUCGAGUACAAGUAUGGUUUCAAAACCGAAGAGCAAAAUGGCGAAAACAAGAAAGGAAUAGCCUACAGAAAUCUACGCCCGCAAAUUUUGUUAAUCAAGAAAAUUCUGUUAAUUAUAUGCAGAAUAAUUACACAAUGAAACAUAAUGUGCCUUCGUACACAGAUUGUAAUUUCCAUACAAAUUUAUAUCAUUAUCUUUUAUCGUCGCCGUUUAAUAGUUAUUUCCCUUGGGGUCUACAAAAUCUUUCCUUUACAGAAACACCGAUAUUUUCCACUUUUAAUUUACCCAAUUCUUUUCAAAAUUUACUAAGUCUGUCACGAUCCAAAAUCAACAACGUAAACUGCGCUUCUAAAACUAACAACUGUAAUAGUUUAGUAGAUUUUAACGUCAUGUCUAAUCCCCAUUUGUUUGGAGUUAAGAUAUAGAAUAUAAUUUUGUAUAAUGCUUUUGAA